GCGCUCCAGGGCCGCGAGUGCAGCCUGCAGGUGUCGGAGGACGAGCCGGUGUCCACGCUGAAACAUCUGGUCUCUGAGAAGCUCAACGUCCCCGUGCGCCAGCAGCGGCUGCUGUUCAAGGGCAAGGCCCUGGCAGAUGGGAAAAGACUCUCCGAUUACAGCGUUGGGCCCAAUUCCAAGCUCAACCUAGUGGUCAAACCUCUGGAGAAGGUGUUACUGGAAGAAAGCACCGCCCGGAGACUGGCCGAGGUCCCACCACCGCCCACACCAGCCUGGCAGCUGAUCUCCAAAGUCCUGGCCCGCCACUUCAGUGCUGCAGAUGCCAGCAGAGUUCUGGAUCAACUACAGAGGGAUUAUGAGAGGUCCCUGAACCGCCUGACGCUGGAUGACAUCGAACGCUUGGCUAACCGCUUUCUGCACCCCGAAGUGACUGAAGCUAUGGAGAAGGGGUUCUCCAAAUAGGAUUCUCAGAGUGUGGGGAGGAGCCCGGCCAGGCUACAAGCUGCAUGUAGCAUUAAAUGUGUUCUGUUGCAAUUUGGCUCAUCAUCAUCAUCAUCAUCAUCAUCAUCAUCAUCAUCAUCAUCACCGGCAGGUACCUGGGUACCCAUACCUGGUUCUUGCUAGGUGCCAGGUACAGCUCACAGCACUUGACAUGGGUUUGCUCCCACACCUCACACAAAAGGUAAGACAACGAGGCACCUAGCAGUGAAGUGGGGGAGCCAGCAUCUGAGUGCAGCCAGCUUCUAGAAAUGCCCCAGGGUGCAAAGGAACAAAGGGGCUGUUUGGACGGGUUCCAAGGGAUGGGCUUUGGUCUAUCAUGUUUAGCCCACUGAGAAUAAACCCUCCAGAAACUCUUCUUCAGGCCUGAAAGGGGAAGCAGCUGGCCCCUGCUGCCCAGUCCCGUCACCUGACCUCAGACAGGUUCAGGACAUUGGCAGGAGGCCAAGUGACAGCGAGCCCUGGGGCCCCCUCAGCCGCUGCAGCCAGUGAGCACUCGACAAGGAAAAGCAGGUCGGGGAGUCGGGGACCUCUGCGGUAUGACCUCAGGCAAGUCCCUGUGCCACGUGGGUCCCUAGUUGUUAACUCUGCACAAUGGGGGCCACUCUUGAAAGCUCCUUUUCCUUCAUCCUUACCCAGCCCCGGGGUGAGGGGUCUGCAGCCCUCCUCCUGUACUCCAUAAACAGACAGGCCAAAAACCGAGCAAUGGCCAAGCAUGGCCCAGAGAUGCGAUGUCCUGGCCCUUCACGUCACAGCUCUUUGGGUACUCUCUCUGCUUGUCUCCUCCUGGACGUGAGCAUUUCUCAUCUCUGAGGGAUGACAGGUGACUGACUUGAGGUCACUCAGCCUUGGCCAGGCUCCCACAUCCUGCAUUCACCCACAGUGUGGAAGUGGACCCUUCCCCUGCCGCAUGGAUACAGGGCCUUUCACUCUGCACACGCCUCACUGCCUAGGCGCUGAUCCUCCCACUUUGCCUGGUGUAUGGGCACCAGAGGUCACUAGGCACCUGCUCCUUGGCAGAGGAUACCUAGGGCUGUCAAGACUGGAAGGAGGCUGCCCUCCUGCCUGGGCCGCAUGGGGUGAAUGCUGGGUCCGCAGGCUGGGAAGACAGAGGCCCAAUGGGCGAAGGCUUUGAAGAGCAGAAGAAAGUCCCUGGCUCCCCCCGAGAGCUGGGAAUAUCAAACAGCAGGGCCCGCUCAGGAACUGGUGUGGUCUGGCAGCUCAUGUGAUACUUACCAGUGCUCUCAUUUUAUUUUGAGUCAGGAAAUUUUUGUUGAAAUUUUGAAUCGCACUAAAGAUGAACGUGGGACUGACUCUUACCCAAAAGGAAGUAUAUUAGCCAGGCUGCUUUUGGUUUCCAAUAAUUGGUCUAAUCAUGGAAGAAAUUGGUUUAAACAAUAAAGGAAACAUUGGUUUGCCAAACUGAGAAGUCCAGGGGUAUUGGCAGCAGAUGGACAAUUUCACCAAAUACCCAGUUUCUUCCUACCUCCCCUCUGCAUCCUGAAGUGUCUGCUCCAUCCCAGGCCGUUGCCUUAGGAGCAAAAGAUGGCUGCUUGCAGUUGCCACUGAAUCUUGUUCACAGCCAGCAAGGAGCACCUUCUCGCCCUGUAGUGUACCUUCUUUCUCUGAUGCCCCCAGCAAAU